AAUUGUCACUUGUCAAAAAGAUUUCUGUUUGGCGCUUAGCGUUGUUUUCAAUCUUAUUUACAUAUUUUAUAAAAUUAUCGUUAAUUUAUCACUAAUCACAGUAAGCUUAGUUCCUGAAAUAGCUCCAGAGUUAUUCCAGAAACUAUGUAUAUAGAUUUCCGAAUCAGCUGAGAAUUGUUAUGGAAAUGAUCAACAAAGCAGUCAGAGGCAGAGGCAGACCGAGAAGACCUUUAGCCCAGCAGAAGAAGGUUCAGGACACAGUUCUAAACAACAAAGUUUUGCGGAUACACCUUCAAAGAGUGAAUCUCGAAAGGUUCAAGAGCCGGAGAGGUAAGCCCAAGUUAACUGUAGGCGUUGGAAAGCACUUUCUGGGAAAAAGACGCGUUAAUAGAGUAUCCCCUUCGACAAAAAGCGUCAAGUCCCUCGUGCAUAAAAGGAACAGUUCCGGCAUAGAUUCGACCUCGAAAAAUCAGCCCAACAGAUCCUUCAAAGGAAACACCCCCAAAGAAAGCUCCAAGAAGGUUUUGAGCGGUAAAAGCAGCGUGAAAAGCAGGGACAGCAAGCAAGCAACCCAAAAAAAGGGGGCCUCGAAGAACACAUUCAAAAUAAAGUUGUUCCCUCCAAAGGUUCCCAAGACGAAUCCAAUGAAAGCUGCUGAAAACAGCGUUUACGCCCGCAAAUUCAACUGCGAGUCUAUGAACAGGCUCGUCAAACCCGGGCAGCGCUUCUACUUGAAAUUCGCCACUCCGAAGCCUCUCGAGCAGGGAAGGCUGGGCUACGACUUCCACAGCCUAGUCGCGGACGUUAAGACGUUGCAGCUGCCCGGCCCCACUUGGAAGAUCAAGGUUAUCAUCAAGCACAACCGGAUCGCGGCGCUCAUCUUCACCAACAAGAUGGAUCCCGAGCGCAGCGUCAGCUUCAAUUCGGACAGCGACAAGUACGACAUCGUCAUCGACAAUAUGCCCGUUCUUCUGCUCGGGUCGCCCGAGACGGUGGCUAGCUCGACGGACAUCGAGGUCUUGUUGGACAUUAUCGAGAAUAUCGAGCCCACGAAUCCGAUGAUUAAGUAUAAAUGAGCUGUUCGAGGUAGGUUGAUUUCGGCGUUUCUUGGUUGUGCUGUGAAUAUUUGAUUUUCAGACUUUUGCUGCUGGGAAUGAAAUGUUCGUUUGUUAUCCGCGAAUUUGAAGUUGAAAUUUGACAGACAAAAGUCUUCUUUCGAGUAUAGGGUCAGUUGUAGUAAUAAAAAUUUGUAAAAUAAGUGAAAAAGAGGUAACAAAUUAGAUUUUGCAUAAAUACACCUGUCAAUAGAAUAUUGUCUAUUACUUUUAUUUUUUAAAGUGCAAAUUAGUAUGUAGGCAUAAAAAUAACAGAGAAAUUUUUUAAAUGUGUUAAAAAUGAUUCGACAAUGUCAAAGUUGACUAUAAAAAAAAUUAUAAGAAC